AAUAACAACGAAAACAACGAACGAACUUUGAUAACGAAAAGAUAUAAAACAGUGAAUUUGUAUUUAAGAAUAAAGACAAAUUAGAGAGAAUAGAAAGAAAUUAGAAGAAAAUACAAAGUGAAAAAUUGAAAAUGCCUGCUAUUGGUAUUGACUUGGGAACCACUUACUCCUGCGUAGGAGUUUGGCAACAAGGAAAAGUGGAGAUCAUUGCCAAUGAUCAAGGUAACAGAACGACACCAAGUUACGUUGCUUUUACAGACACGGAACGUUUAAUCGGCGAUGCUGCUAAGAAUCAAGUAGCGAUGAAUCCAGCUAAUACAGUUUUCGAUGCGAAACGAUUGAUCGGUCGGAGAUACGACGAUCAAAAGAUCCAGAACGAUUUGAAACAUUGGCCGUUCCAAGUGGUGAACGAAGAUGGAAAGCCUAAGAUCCAGGUAGAAUUUCGUGACGAGAACAAAAGGUUCAAUCCAGAAGAAAUAAGUUCUAUGGUUUUGACGAAGAUGAAGGAAACUGCCGAGGCUUAUCUGGGACAGACCGUUCGAGAUGCUGUUAUCACGGUACCAGCUUAUUUCAAUGAUUCGCAACGUCAGGCUACGAAAGACGCAGGUGCGAUAGCUGGUUUAAACGUAUUGAGAAUAAUCAACGAACCUACAGCCGCGGCAUUAGCUUAUGGCUUGGACAAAAAUUUAAAGGGAGAGAGAAACGUAUUGAUUUUCGAUCUGGGAGGUGGUACUUUCGACGUUUCUAUCCUUACCAUCGACGAGGGUUCUCUCUUCGAGGUAAAAUCUACGGCAGGUGAUACUCACUUGGGUGGCGAAGAUUUCGACUCGAGAUUGGUCGAUCAUUUCUGUAAAGAAUUCGAGAGGAAAUAUAAGAAGAAUAUGAGAAGCAAUGCUAGAUCUUUGAGAAGAUUGAGAACGGCUGCUGAACGUGCCAAGAGAACUUUGUCCUCGAGCACGGAGGCUACGAUCGAGAUCGAUGCUCUUUACGAAGGUAUCGAUUUUUAUACGAAAAUCUCUCGAGCCCGUUUCGAAGAGCUCUGCGCUGAUCUCUUCAGAUCUACUUUGGAACCAGUGGAAAAGGCAUUAGCCGAUGCAAAAUUGGAUAAACGAUCGGUAGACGACGUCGUUCUCGUUGGUGGUUCGACUCGUAUACCGAAGGUCCAAAGUAUGUUACAGAAUUUCUUCUGUGGAAAACAGUUGAAUCUUUCUAUUAAUCCUGACGAGGCUGUUGCUUACGGAGCAGCGGUACAGGCAGCUAUACUCACUGGAGAAGGUUCUAAAAAUUCUACUCUACAGGAUGUACUUUUGGUCGAUGUUGCUCCUCUUUCUCUUGGUAUCGAGACUGCAGGUGGUGUUAUGACUAACAUCAUUGAACGUAACUCUCGCAUACCGUGUAAGCAAACGCAAACGUUUACUACAUACUCCGACAAUCAACCAGGAGUAACUGUUCAAGUUUACGAAGGUGAACGAGCAAUGACCAAGGAUAAUAAUUUACUUGGGAGAUUCGAACUGAGCGGUAUCGCACCUGCUCCACGCGGUGUACCAAAGAUCGAGGUCAUCUUCGAUAUGGACGCUAAUGGAAUUCUUCAUGUCACCGCGAAGGACACCGCCACUGGUCGAAGCAAUAACAUCAGAAUAACCAACGAUAAGGGUCGCUUGAGCAGAGAUGAAAUUGAUAGAAUGUUGGCAGAAGCAGAACGCUAUAAACAGCAAGACAAGGAACAGAGAGAGAAGGUUGCUAUCAGGAAUCAAUUAGAAAGCUAUGUCUUCUCUGUGAAACAAGCGAUUGAGGAUAGUGGUUCCAAAUUGACGGAAACUGAUAAGAAUAAAGUAAAAGAGAUUUGCGAAGAUACUCUACGUUGGCUAGACAAUAACGUACUUGCGGAAGUGGAAGAAUAUAAGUACAAAUUGGAGGAAUUGCAAAAGCAAUUCUCACCCAUCAUGACGAAAAUUCAUCAGGGCGGAGCUCAGCAAAAUUAUGGGGAUAACACUGGUCCUACCGUAGAAGAAGUAGAUUAAUAAGAGAUAUGAAAUGUAAUAUAUUCUUAACAUAUUCUAAAUAUGUUAUAGAUUUUUUCCUUUUU